AUGGGCGAAAAAAUUGAGCCCUCGGCUCCCCAUAAAAUUCCCUUCUGGCGCCUGGUGUUCGACCAGGGCGUGGUGACCCAGGAAAUCAUCGACUUCCCCUACGCCGGCUCCGGGACGGACGAGGACCCCUUCCAAGUGACAUGGAUCCCCAACGACCCGCGCAACCCGAUGCUUUUCGGCAAGACCAAGAAGUGGUUCAUUACAAUGGUCAACGCCAUCGCCACUCUCGCCGUCGCAAUGGUGUCUUCCGCGUACACGGGAGGUAUCGAGGAGAUUAUGAUUCAGUUCGGUAUCGGUACCGAGGUGGCUACGCUGGGUGUCUCGUUGUUCGUUCUGGGCUUUGCAAUUGGCCCUCUGUUCUGGGCGCCGUUGUCUGAGCUGUUUGGUCGGCAGAUCCUCUUCAUUGCGACGUACGCCGCGCUGACGGCCUUUACGGCCGGCAGCGCAGGCUCCCAAAAUGCCAGAACCCUCAUCAUCUUGCGCUUUUUCGCCGGUUCCUUCGGAUCGUCGCCGCUGACCAACGCCGGUGGUGUGAUUGCUGAUAUGUUCUCUGCCAAGGACCGUGGUAUCGCCAUGAGUUUGUUCGCCACGGCGCCCUUCCUCGGCCCCGUGCUGGGCCCCAUCAUCGGUGGCUUUCUGGGAAUGACCGAGGGCUGGCGCUGGGUGAUGGGUUUCCUGGGCAUCUUCUGCGGUGUCGUGUGGAUUGUCGGCUCGCUGGUGCUCCCGGAAACAUAUGCCCCCGUGCUGCUGCGUCGCCGCGCCGAGAAGCUGUCCAAGCUGUCCGGACAGGUCUACCGCAGCAAACUCGACGUCGACCAGGGCAAGAUCCAGCUCAAGGAGGCGUUUGGCAUCGCCCUGUCGCGGCCCUGGAUCCUGCUGUUCAAGGAGCCCAUCGUCUUCCUGCUCUCCCUCUACAUGGCCAUCAUCUACGGCACCCUGUACAUGAUGUUUGCCGCCUACCCGAUCGUCUACGAGGAACACCGUGGCUGGAACCAGGGCGUCGGCAGCUUGCCCUUCCUGGCCAUCAUGGUCGGCAUGAUCUUCGCCGUCUCCUACACUUUCCCCGAUAACAAGCGCUACAUCAAGGCCCAGAUUGCCAACCAGGGCUUUGCCCCCGCCGAGACCCGUCUCCCGCCCUGCAUGAUCGCCUCGAUCUUCAUCCCCAUCGGCCUGUUCUGGUUCGCCUGGACCAACUACACCUCCGUCCACUUCAUGGCCAGCGUCGCCGCGGGCGUGCCCUUCGGGUUUGGCCUGGUGCUGGUCUUCCUCAGUAUCAUGAACUACCUCAUCGACUCGUACACCAUCUUCGCCGCCUCCGUCCUGGCCGCCAACUCCGUCUUGCGUUCCUUGUUCGGUGCCGUCUUCCCCCUGUUCACCACCUACAUGUACGAUAACCUAGGCAUCCACUGGGCCUCGUCCAUCCCGGCCUUCCUCGCCCUCGCCUGUGUCCCCUUCCCCUUCCUGUUCUACAAGUACGGCCCUGCCAUCCGCAGCCGCUGCAAAUUCGCCGGCCAAUCCGAAGCCUUCAUGCGCAAAAUCAUGGAACAGACCCUCGCCGCUGCCCCCGCCGCCGACGCCGUCACGGAGGAAGAAGAACAACAAGAGCAGGAACAAGAGGGAGUCACCGACCAAGAAGUCAAAGAAGAAGAGGUCGUCUAUGACCGCACCGAGGCCCCCGCGCAUCUCCCCUCCGACGUCAGCGAAAGCGACAUGCUUCACGACGAAGAGCUGCGCAUGCAUCGCCCGCGCAGUCGCGCGCAGUCUGUUGCCUCGACCCGCACAGUGGCUUCGGUCAUGUACGAGGGCAACCCGUACGACUUUGACCGGGUCAACACGAGAGAGUCCUUCAAAAACUAA